ACUCAGAUUUUAUUUGUAUGAAAGAAAGGAUACCAAUCAGAGGCGUUUUUGUUGACUUAAAAUUUUUUUUGCUUAAUACAAUUGGCGUGUUUUGCUUUGGUUUUCUUUAGAAUAAGGAAGAAUGGUUGUGAAUAUUCGAAGCAUCAUAAUCUGCUACAUUUCUCUGACAUAUUGUCUUCGAUGAACAAGACAGCUCUCACUGUGCAUGUGCGUGUGUACAAAAAUGGAGGUGUAAGAAGAGUUGAUCGGAUGAAGUUAUAUUGUUUGAUGAUUUCUAACUGAGAGAUGACCUACAAUAUGUCUUCACAUCCGCCCACUGUUUCUCUUAGUAGAUAUGAAAGUGUCAUAGAUGAUUUGCCUGAUGAAGUAUUGGAAUAUAUAUUGAGUUUAGUGCCUCCGUAUAAAGAUCUUCAUCAUUGCUCGCUUGUAUGUAAACGUUGGCAAAGAAGUGUAAAAAAUGUUAUAAGGCAUACCCAGAAGAAUUUACUGCGUGCCAUUGCGGAAUUUAAUAUUAUGUGGAAAGAUGUUACCCCUGUUGAGAUGACCCCUACUAUAACCAAGAGAUAUUCACAUUCAGCAUGUCGUUAUGGUAAUUCAAUGUAUGUGUUUGGUGGCUGUACGUCUACAAGUACUACUUUCAAUGAUCUUUGGCGUCUUGAUUUGAACAAAAGGCAGUGGGAAAGGCCUCUAACAAUGGGGACAUACCCAUCUCCAAAAGCAUGUGCUUCAGUAGUUUGUUACAAAGAUGCUCUUGUUUUGUUUGGAGGAUGGACCCAUCCAUCACCUUAUCCUCUUCAUCAGUCAUGGAGACUUUUCAAUGAGUUGCAUAUGUAUAGCAUUGUAUCAAAACGUUGGACGUCUAUUCACACUACCACUUUGCCUCCUGCCAUGGCAGGUCACUCUUCCACAAUUCAUGGUGAAAACAUGGUAGUUUUUGGAGGAUUGCAGAAGACAACUUACAUGGGCCAGUACGGCAGCAUUGAAUUAGUGCAUUUGUCAUUUAGUUCUAAUGAUAUAUGGGUCUUCAAUCUCGAAAAUCACGUCUGGAACAAACAAGCCACUACCGACAACAAGCCUCAUCCACGAUAUGGGCAGUCUCAAAUAGCACUUGAUGAUAACCAUAUUCUUAUUCUGGGAGGAUGUGGUGGCCCAAACAUGGUGUUCAGUGAUGUCUGGCUUCUAACAAUGACUGAUCGUGUGUGGGUAUGGCAAGAAGUCACAGUACACAACACACAUUGUGCACCCACUCAUAUGUGGUGUCAUCCGGCAUGCAAGAUUGGUCAGCAUGUGGUUGUAUUUAGUCGCAAUCCUGUCUCCAAUGCCCCAGCAUUGCCAUUUAAACCAAGCUGGUCAAUGCGGCCCCUUCUUCCUACUGGGCCUAGGGAAGAUGAUUCAUUAAUGAAUGAAAGAAGAGCAUAUCUAUCGGAAUGCCGUCGUGGUGACAGAGAUCCAAAUGUAAAUGGCCGUCGCGGUGUAUUGGUGCCACGUAAUCUUCAGUCUUCAUCUGUGCCAUCUACUAGUUCAAGCAGUGGUGAUGAAAGUGAGACAGAAUCGAGUGGACAGACACCUCCUAACAAGAGAAUUUCCACGCAGUGCAGCAAAUCUCCUGAACCUCCUCCCCCUUCACCUUCCUCGUCCUCCUCCACUAGCAGCCCGGCCUCCCAGUCACCAUCUGUUUCUCCAAAGCCCUACGUAAAUGUGGCAUACAACGAUAUGGAAACAAAUGAUCCUGUGACUUCUAGUGGCAUUGGUGGAAUGGCAGCUUUCAGAGACAUUGUGCCUUUUUCGCGGGCAAAUUGCAGCAGAAAUCGCCAGAGACAACUGGAGUCCAUUCGAAAAAUGGAAGAGAGACUGAAAUCCUUAUCUCGUAGUGCCAAUGGAAGUGCAACUCCAAGCUGUAAUGCUACAGCAAGUACAAGCACAAGCUCAAGUUCACCGUCCAAUACUGGUUCUGCCUCAACUUCUGGGAGCAGUGGUGGAUCAAGUUCUAACAACAGUAGUUCUGAUUCUCCUACAAAAUCAGAACCGUGCAAUGCCACUCCUCGACCUUCUGUUUCACCUUCACCGUCCAGUCCAGUUCACAAAUCCCAUAUACCUAAGAAUGCCAUGACCAUGUUUGUAUUAAAUAUUUCCAACGUUCUUACAGAAGACUGUUCAGUAGAGUGGCUUCCCAUGAAGAACGAAAAUAUUGCCCCUAAUGGUCCUGAAGAAAUGAUUUUGUAUUCACUCAUUGCUGGCAAGGGUGAACUCAUCAUGUUUGGUGGGAUUCAAAAAGACGCCACAUUAAUCACGGCCCAGUCUCAAAUUUGUUCAAAUGUUGCUAGUACUGUGUGUAAUUCACUGUAUUUCAUUUCUGCACCCAAAGGCAUUAUUUAAAGUUUGAUGUAUUACAAAUGUCUUUUUCAAACUUCAAAAUCAGAUUUUUGGGCAGUUAAAAAGUUCUAAUCAUUUUGCUUUAUGAUCUCAUAUUACUUAGUGUGAAAGAAAAAAAAAAAAUGAUUCUAGCAAACUGUUUAUUGUUGGACAAUUCACUAUCUACAUCCAGUGUGUGUACAUAUUAUGUGUAAAUAAAAAUAUACAACAAAAUUU